AUGAGUUUGAUGGAGAAGGAGAAGAUGGAGAGUCGGAAGUGGGAGAUGAUGCUGAUGAUGAGGCACAGGCUCUGCAGCAUCCUCGACAUCAUCGCCACCGAUCGUGACGCCACCUCCACGCACCCAGGUAAAGAACCGCUGAGCCCAAGAAGCCAGGCAAAGCAGCGCAAGCAGCACUAUCUGGUAAAGGAUCGCUCCUAUGGGUACUUGUGUGUGCUAUGUGGAAACCACUCACAAGACAUCAGUGCUUUGAAAGCCAGGCCAUGUUUCCCCCUGCCCGAUCUGCAACCUUUGGAUGAGAAACGCGAGACAGCUUCGAAGUCAAGUGGUAAGCCCUCAAAAGCAGGGUCUCCGCCCCGUGGUGUGAGACGAGAGCGCAGCCUCACAGCAACCGAAGCUGAGUCAGAGGUGACCCCAAGCCAAGCAAUGAUGCUGGAGGAGUUGGCAUCUUUGCAGAGACAGCAGGCCUUGUUGGAGGAGCUGAUGCAGCUGCAGGAGCUAAAGGAUUUUGAGAAGGCACUGCAAGAGGAAGAGUAUCAGCUAGAGCAGGCCUUACGGCAGUCUGCUUUGGACGCGGAGGAACAGGAGCUGCUGAAGCGCAAACGCAGCAUGGAAGCUGACGAAACUCAAGCAGCCCGAAUGAAAACCCCAAAGGUGACACCCCUGAAUGAGGCCAUCUUCGAAGCAAAGCCCCUUCAAGCUGAACAGGCCCCACCAGCAAUCCUGGAGUCAACCAAAGCAGAGUCCAACGAAGCUGGAGAAGCCCCAGCAGCAAUCCUCAUGGAGUCAACCAAAGCAGAGUCCUGUCAUGCUGGAGAAGCCCCAGCAGCAAUCCUGGAGCCAACCGAAGCAGAGUCCCCAGCUGGAGAAGCCAGAGCAGCAAUCCUGGAGUCAACCAAAGCAGAGUCCCCAGCUGGAGAAGCCAAAGCAGCAAUCCUGGAGUCAACCAAAGCAGAGUCCCCAGCUGGAGAAGCCCCAGUGAUCCGUCUCGAGAAGCACAUGGCUGUUCAUGAGGGGGUGGUUUGCUUCUUGGUUGCAGUGCCAGCUGGAUGUCCUGAUGUGGUGGACACCCUGCCCCAGGAGUUGUUCUUUGACGAGCCGCAUGUGGGAGCAACUUUGGCGAUAGACGACGAGAUGGCUGUUGAUUUGCCAGGGACAUGUCGAAGGCUCGAGGUGCCUGAGGGAAGGCUCGAGGUGCCUGGGGCAAGUGAUGCUACGGUGGAGAAUGAGAAGGUUGAGAAGGCCUCUAGUGUAUCGCUGAGAAUCGAACCGGUGUCCGAUUGUGAUUGUGACGAAGACGGGGAGGAGGAGCUACCAGAAGAGGAUGUGCUGAUCGAUUAUAAGGAUGGGAAGCUAGAAGUUGCAAAGGUUUGUGAGGAGCCCCCAAAGGUUGCAAGCCCCAGCAAGGCUACUGUCUUUUAUGAUCGUUUGCCUCCCUGCCCAGUCCAGAUGGAUCAUAAGCCCACAACACCAAAGGAGCAGCGAGAAGCUUUGGGUAUCCAGUCGAAAAGGGGUCGAGGUCGUGGUGGUGGCCGCGGCCGGGGCCGUGGCCGUGGCCGUAAGCCAGAGGCUUGUGAUGAGCUAGAGGAAGAGGAGGAACAGGAGGAAGUGGAGGAACAGGAAGGUGAGGAGGAUGAUGAGGAAGAUGAUGUAGAGAGCAAGCCGGCAACAACGGGUGUUCGCAAGGUGCCUAAGGCCAAAGCCCUGCCUAAGAAGGCAGUGGCAAAGGCGACCGCCAAGGCAAAGGCGACCGCCCACGCGAAGGUGACCGCCAAAGCAAAGGCGACCCCAAAAGCAAAGAGCAAGCCAGAGCAGAAGAAGGCAGCCAAGGAGGGGAGAGCAGCCAAGGAGGAGGAGCAGGAGAUCCCCAGCAACAAGCGCAAAAAGAACGACCCAACACCGAAAGUGGCCGCGAAACCCAGCAAGACCAAAUCGGCUGGCAAGAAUGCUGGCGAUGCUGCUGCAGAAAAGAAAGCAGAGAAAUCCCGGAAGUCUGUUGCUUACCAUCGUGCUGUCAAGGAAGCCACAGAGUCUGGUAUGUCAGAGGCAGAAGCUAAAGAGGUACUGUGUCUCAGAUGGAUGAGCAACCUGGCUUUCGAUGAACGGUACACGCUGUUCGAAGUGUUCGCUGGGGCGGGCAAUGUGUCUGCUCUCUGGAAGGAACAUGGCCACACCGUCGCUUCGUACGAUCGCCUCUACGACAAGUCUAUGGACUUUGUGUCAAGUGCUGGCUUUGGGUACAUCGACAAAAACGGGAAGAAACGUUUUGUGGGGAAGCUACCAGAGCUGAAAGAAUCUGGGAUCUAUACCAAGACCUUCGGUGAGAACCUCCUCAAGGCUUUCCAAGAGUGGCGCAAAUUGCCUCCUGCUGACCGUGCGGACAUCCGUACACGUAGGGCUAUAGACCUGGGCAACAGUGACAAGGAGAUCUUUGCUUCUUUACCUACUGGGGAUCUUUGGCUGGACUCUCGUGUCCAUGAGACGUUCCUUUACCUCUAUGGGUCGAAGAACUGCCAGAUACCUGACAGCUGGGCUGGUGUCAUGGAGAGCUUCAAAGAAGAUGUUGUCCAGAAAGCCUGUGGCGAUGAGUGCCUUCGCUCUGAGCUGCGAGAAUUGUCUGAGCAAGCUUGCUCCUAG